UCCUGCGGAGGGUUACACAUCGCAGUGUCGUGGCGGAGGGAUACAACCGCUAUAUAAAGGCGGCGCAGGGGUUGUUGGGCCUCUUUGCGCGGCGGCCGGGUUGGGGCAGCGGCGGUGCCGUCAUGGGCUUCGGGGACCUCAAGUCCGCCGCUGGCCUCCGUGUCCUCAAUGAUUUCCUGGCUGACAGGAGCUAUAUCGAGGGGUACGUCCCUUCUCAGGCUGAUAUCGCAGUCUUUGAAGCCAUCGCCUCCCCGCCUCCUGCAGACUUAUUUCACGCUCUCCGGUGGUACAAUCAUAUUAAGUCCUACGAAAAGCAAAAGGCAAGCUUGCCAGGAGUGAAGAAGGCUUUGGGGAAAUACGGUCCUGCUGAUGUUGAGGACACAACAGGUGGAGCCACAGAUAACAAAGAUGAUGAUGACAUUGAUCUUUUCGGAUCUGAUGAUGAGGAGGAAAGUGAAGAAGCAAAGAAGCUGAGGGAGGAACGUCUGGCCCAGUAUGAAUCAAAGAAGUCUAAAAAACCAGCUGUUGUUGCCAAAUCAUCACUCUUGCUUGAUGUGAAACCUUGGGACGAUGAGACAGACAUGGCCAAAUUAGAGGAGUGUGUUCGAAGCAUUCAAGCAGAUGGCUUGGUGUGGGGAUCUUCCAAGCUAGUACCGGUUGGCUAUGGUAUAAAAAAGCUUCAGAUCCAAUGUGUUGUUGAAGAUGAUAAAGUUGGAACAGAUAUGCUGGAAGAGAGAAUAACAGCUUUUGAAGAUUAUGUACAAUCAAUGGAUGUAGCUGCUUUCAAUAAGAUUUAAGUCUUGAUAUAUCUAGAAUAAAUGUAAUUGCAAAAA